AUGAAGCCAAGCAAAAUUAUAUAUUGUUUAACAAAUAUUAUGAAUAUCAAUUUGAAUGAUGAUUCAUUAAAUGAACCUUCUCAAGAGGAACGUGAAGUUGCUGAACAUCUAGCUGAAGUCAUUAUCUCAAUAUGUAAUCCCAGACGACUUAAAUAUGAAGACGAAUUAACAUUAGAUAUUUAUUGUAAACAAUAUAGCAAUGGAAAUGGUGAAAAAGAAGAAGAAGAAGAAGAAGAAUCUAGUGAAUCAGAAAGUAGAAGCGACUAUGAAGUAGAAGAUGAUCUAAAGAAAGAACAACAUGACUUAUCAAACUUUCCGCUUGAAUUCAUGCAACGUGUGCUGGAUUAUGCUUAUGAUGAAGAUAAAUCAGGAAAACGUCGUCGAACUUGGAAACCAGUUAAACAUCGAUUUCGAACUCUACCAAAUGAAAAUUAUGUUAGCAGAUUUAAAAAAUAUCUAGAAAACAGUGGAACAAGACGACAAAAACUACAAGAAAUCGAUAAAUCUGUUUAUCAAAAAUUAGUUUAUGCACGUGAACAAUAUCUUCCAGUCCAUGAUAUUGAUAUUCAAUGUUGGGCUCUUAAAAGUGCAAGAGAAGUUGGUUGCAAUGAUUUUCAAGCAUCUGACAGUUGGAUUCACAACUUCAAAGCUAGACAUAGCAUAUGCUCUCGUAGAAUAACAAAUAUCAUUAACUAA